GCAAAGCUCGUGAUAUGGCAGUCACUAAAUGCUUAGCUCUUAGUUUGAUUGUCCUGUUCGGCACUGGGUUAGCCAAUGCUGCAAGGGUAGCUAGAUACUCUAGUUCCGAAGGAACCGGCACGGGAGGAGGAGAGGGUGGUGGGUCCGUCAAUGGUGCUGGAUCAGGGUCUGGGGCUGCUGUUGGGUCUGCAGGAAAUGAUGAAAAUGGGGGGUUCGUCCAUGGAAGUGGUGGUGGAGGAGGAGGAGGCGGUGGUGGUGGAAAAAAUGGUGGGUCUGGACGUGGAUCUGGAUCUGCCUUGGGCUCAGGCUCGACCCAGAUUGGUCCAGACCCUUUCGGUGGAUCUUCUAGUGCUAGUGGUCAUGGUGGCGGUCGAGGCGGAGGACAAGGUAGAGGCUACGAUGGAUCUAGUGGUUAUGGGAAUGGUGGCGGCACUGGCUCUGGUGCUAGUGAGUCAAACAAUGGGUACUGGUCUGGUGGUACUUAUGCCAAUGCUAAUGCUUCUGGCAACGGUGGAGGGAGAGGCAAUGGUCAAAAUGGUGGAAGUGGUGGUGGCGAAGGUGGAGGAGGCGGAAACAGUGAUGGACACCCGUAAAAUCUUCUUCAUCGAUCAUUAUAUGGAAAUGGACUUCAAUUCGGUCUAGUGCCUACAUGUCUUUCACCCCGAUGUCACAAGUUGCAACUAAACUUUUAUCUACUAUUAUCCAUGAUUUUGCUUCUUAAGCAUAUUCUAUAUUUCUGUGCACGUAUUUGAAAAAACUUAAUAAAAGGUACAUCGUCAUAGUCAA